AUGGCGCCUGCUGUUCUCAACACCCCCCCAGAGAUUCUACACGUGAUAUUUGCACCCCUAUCGCCCAGCGAUCUUUACGCUGUGUGUCUCACGCGUGGGAACUGGCGCUCUGUGGCCGAGCCAUUGCUCUACGAUCGUGUUGAAUGGACAUGGACAAACUCUCAGAACCCCCCGAUCGCUCAGUUUUUGCGAAGCAUUGUGCACAGACCGGAGCUCGCCAGCCUCGUCCAUGCUGUGAUCCUCAAUGGAGACUGUUUCGAAAACAGUGCCAAUGGCUAUGAAAAGAAAAGUCCCAAACUACCCGUCAGCGAAGAUGCCUUGGACGAGCUAGUGCAAUGCGUCGAAAGGAUCCCUAUCCCAUAUGGUGAAAAAUGGGUCCAAGAGUUGCGAGCCGGAACGAUGGACGCGUUUACCGCACUUUUACUAUCACGGCUCCCCAAUCUGAGAUAUCUCUAUCUGGGCACCAACUUUGCCCGAGAAAGCCGCAUCUUGGGCAUGAUGCUGCGUUCGGCCCUCUGCGAGGAGCCCCAAGAUAGCGACCUCCCUUCUUUUACACAUCUCCGAGAUGUGUCAGCUGUGUAUCCCUGCCCUGGUAGAUUUAUUCGCAAAUACACGGACGAAAGGAAUACAGCAGACGCUCUCCCCUUCUUCUACUUGCCGUCGGCUGAACAAAUAAGGAUCUUGGUGGAUAAUCCCACUACUUUCAUGUGGCCUGGGGGAUAUCCCCCAAACUCACCGAGACUCCUAUCCCUCGACUUGACAAUGCUGCGCGAAGGGCAUCUUGGUCAAGUGUUAUCAGCCACCCCGGGGCUUCGGAAGCUUCGGUGGGAUUGGUACUACCGCCCAGAUCUUGAAGAUCGUUUUGUCACGGAUAUUAUAGAUUUGGACCAAAUCGCUGCGGAUAUAUCUCAGGUUCAAGAGACUUUGACUGAAUUGACUAUCACAGCUGGAUCAGACGUCUCAUUGGCCGACCCCGAACUUCCAACGCUCACCUUCCGCGGGUUUCCGAUUCCAUUCCUGCUUGGAUUUUCUCCCUCAGCCCCAAAUGUCGUUGGCCUAAAGGAAGCACUUCCAAAGAAUGUCCAAUGGCUGACUGUCACCGACGAUCUAUGCUUUCAGUAUGAAUGGGAAUGGUAUGACGAGUCUGAAUCUUUAUUCAGGGCUUUUCGAUCAUGGCUGCAGGACUGCAAGAAGUCCAUGCCUCGCCUCCAAGGAUUUUGUCUGUUGAUGAAGGUGUUCAAGGUGAGGGAGUGGGAACCUGAGCUGAUACAGGGGCUCCGAGACAUGGGUGUCCAGGAGGGAAUUCGGAUUGAAAUAGUUGAAGAGCGAACCAAGUGGGCAGGCAAAAUGGAACCAUAG